GAAUAAUCGCAAUCCAGUACCCUGAAAAAUGUUUAUUCACUUGACUGAAUCAGAAUGAGCCGAAGAGAAGGGGGUAAACAGGAUGUGGUUGUUCAGCAAAAAGGGACCGUCUGGGUUCACAGCUUCUUCUACGGCCGAGGAAGUCACUCGAGGGAUUGAUGGCUCUGGCCUCACUGCCAUUGUUACAGGAGCAACUAGUGGAAUUGGUGCUGAAACUGCACGGGUGCUUGCAUUACGUGGUGUCCAUGUAGUUAUGGCCAUCAGAGAUGUUAAAGCUGGUAGACAAAUCAAGGAGGCAAUGGUAAGAGACAACUCCAAAGCGAAAAUAGAGGUCAUGGAGCUGGACCUGAGCUCAAUGGAAUCAGUCAGAAAUUUUGCCAGGCAAUUCAAUUCUUGUGGUCUUCCCUUGAAUAUACUAGUUAAUAACGCAGGAAUCAUGGCAACACCAUUCAAGCUUUCCAAAGAUAAUAUAGAACUACAAUUUGGGACAAACCACAUAGGUCAUUUUCUUUUGACGAACUUAUUGUUGGACACAAUGAAACGAACUUCCACUGAACAUAGGAAAGAGGGGAGGAUUGUAAAUGUCUCAUCAAGACGUCAUCGUUUCUCAUAUCCUGAAGGGAUUCGAUUUAAUAAAAUCAAUGAAAAAUCAGGGUAUAACAGCUUGUCUGCGUAUGGGCAAUCAAAGCUUGCUAAUGUUCUUCACGCUAAUGAGCUUGCAAGACUUCUAAAGGAGGAGCGAGUGGAUAUCACUGCAAACUCACUUCACCCAGGAGCAAUUGCCACCAAUCUGUUCCGUCAUCACAGCUUGAUUGAUGGCUUAGUUGGUCUCCUUGGAAAAUAUGUGAUGAAAAAUAUACAACAGGUAACUAUGUUUAUCGGGAACAAAAGUAAGGAAGGAUAGAGGUCUAAAUGGGUUAAGUUAUUUAUAAACUACAUGGAUUUUGGUUCCACUUGUUGCUUGAAUGAGUAAGUUCGGGUGGACAUAUAGAGCUUGUAUGUGCAUUUUGAAUGAAAGAAGAAAAAUUGUAUGAAGACAGAAAAAGAGUACAGAACGUUUGAGGUAAGCAAUCAUCAAAUAAAGAAAGCAAGUAAAUACUCAAACAGAAAGACCAAAUAAAAGCUCUAAUUAAAAAACCAGUGAGUAAAGAAAAGCUGAGCAGUUUCUUUGCUUGCUGAAAAUCAGUCAAGCAUGGUUUUUUCCAUCCCUGAAAGAACCAUUCGCAUUAAGCUUGUAUAGCUAAAUGAAUCAAGCUUCAGAAUUUUGAUGAACAAAAUAAAAGUUAUUUUUUUUAUAAGCAAGUAGAGGUUGAGCACGAAUAUAUAUGCAUUAAUG